AACUCUCCGCCGUGAGGUGGUGAAAGUACAAAACUUUCAGUUUGAGUGAAUCCAAAGAGUUUGGUGACGGAGUUUCCUGAGAGAGAGAGCGCGCGCAGAGUCGUACAGUACAUAGGAAAUGAGUCAUAGGAGUUGAACUGUUUAGCGUGGGUGUGUGCGCUAUUAAAACAAGGCGCAGACUCCUCCGGGUGACUCACUCUGAUGCUCGCUUUUCCAUGCUGGAAAGCAGCGCCGAUUCACAUGAACUUUUCGGGAAUCGUGUUGUAGCCCACGGCGAGCGCGCAGCUUUUUACGCACGGACGACAAAUGGCUCCAAACGCGCUCUGCGCUUUGUGUGGACUUCUUAUAGCGGCCGUGACCAGCAUCCACGGGGCCAACGCGCAGAAAAGUCAAUGUAAGAGCUUUGAGUUUUGGAAUUCCGACUUGGAUGCUUGUGUCUCAUGUGCAUUAUGUAAACAGUACCCAAAGACGCCAUCGUGCAACACGUGUGUAUAUGUUGAAGAGUCGUCUGACGUGUGGAAACUGGCCGCCAUCACCAGUUUCUCGGUGCUGGCUGUUGUGCUGGUUGGUGCUGUGUUGAUCAUUGGGGUCAUGUUGCAUCGACGCAAGGCACAGAAACGGCCCCUACGUGAACCCAUUGAAGAAACGGCAGGGCCACUUUAUCAAGCUUAAACACUUCACCUCAACUUCCUCUGGAUAAAGAUGUGACUGAACCAAGAAAGGACUGGUUCAGAACCGGAUGGAAAAACCUCUGGACCAUGAACUGUACACUCUGACUACAGGGUAUCAUUUGAGCAAAAUUGGACCUGUUUUAAUUUAUUGUACUGUUCAGAGAUGUGCCCAGUUCUCGUGCUCAUCUUAGGUUCACGUGCAGUUUGAUGUCCAGCAAAGACUGCAAUGCUCACAGGGGACUGGAAAUACAAUUAUAAUCGUAUGAUGUUUAGACUUUGUGUCUUUCUAUUCCACCUCAUUGACAUUUUCAUCCGUUAGACCUUUGUGGUUACAGAUGUGACUAUAGUUCAUUUUGCCACAGGGAAUGCUGUGAAUGUAGCACAGCUCAUUCUGGGCUCCACUUUGUUCCUGUGUGAUGCCAGAGGGAUCUGUUUGUUCGUCACUCCCUACAACAGGCUGAUAAAACACCAGGCACAUCAAGGCCAUUUGAAUGUAGCAACGUUGUAAAUGAACUCUUCUCACCGGUGUUCCUUUCAUUUUAAGAGCCUGACACAGUGAUAGUUUAAGCUGAUGACUGACGGAGAAAACUGUACUUAUAUACACUGUUACACGGCCUUCCUAGACCGCAACAGUCCCCCGUCCCUCCCCCAUAUUUUUUAAAAACGUUUUUAGUCUUACAUUGUAACUUUUAGUUAUAUUAGAUUUUACCAUUAUUUUUUUUUAUUACAACCACAGAACUCUUGUUAUUGUCCCUGAGAUAGAAAAUGUGAGCUAUCAACAGUUGUAGGACCGGACGUUUGAAACACUAGACGUAAAAUCCCAAACUGCAAACAUUUGGGGAAUGUGCAAAUAAUGUAGUCUACUGUAUGUCAUAAAGAACUUAACAGUUAUAGCGAUGAUAGCUGAAGCUAUGUAAUUACCUUGCUUACUAAUGGAUUUCGUUCUGUAAAUCAUUGGGCGUUAGCCUGGAAGUAACACAAACCAAAUCAGUGUCAUCUUAUUCGUGACCUCGCGAAAUAUGGGCUGGAAUUUUAUUGCAUAAAAACUCCUUGCGGGUUCUGAGUUACUUUAUUGUGUCUUAUGGCGCUAAUCAUCACAUAUAAACAUAUGGAUACAUCAGAAGACAUUAUCUGAAUGCAAACAACUGCAACAGCACAUAUUUUGUGCCAGCUACAUGCUAACUAGCCAAGCUAACUGGCUUUGCAAGCCAUAUUCACUGGGAUAGUCUAGUUAGCUAGCAUCCCUCAGUCCCUAACCAAGUAAUAGUUACUUAAAAGAGAUAUCUGUUUGACCCAGUCUUACACCUGACUGUAAACAAUAAUUGUAAAUUAUUAUACAUGUUCAUAUGUUGGUAGGUUGAGUUUUGCAAAUUGGUGUAUUAUGUGACAGAGCAAGCUAACCACCACCAUUUUGGACUCUUCCAGUACUUCAAAGGUUAGCAGCAUCAAGGUAACUUCUGAUGUCACAUUGACGCUAUUUAUGCUUGGGUUUGCCAAAACGGAGCUGCACACAAAGUAUUUGCUUUUAGUCAAUCAUCUAUCUCGGGGAGUCUGGGUAAACUGUUGGCUAACAGGGCUAUCUACAUUAACGUCACAGAUGAUGUGGCACAUGUGGUAACCUAUGGCGGUUCCCCACAGACAGAUGGGCGUUAACAGAGCAUUGGCAUUUUGACGUAUGUAAACUACUAUUUAACUACAUUGCAGUGUCAGAGGUAGAAAUGGGCAUAGAUAGAAUAGAAAUAAUGUCCAAAUGUCGGUACAGGUCUAGAUUACAAUAGCAAGUUUCUGGUGAUAUGUUGUCCUGUCUUGCAGCAUCAUAAUGAUGCUCUGACAUCCUGACACCACCAAUGUGUUUAGUACCCAACAAUAGGUGCCAGCCCUUUGGCAUCCUAAAUAGGAACUACUAAAAUUCACUGAUGUGGUCACCCCCCUGAAGUUCCCUUUUAAUUUUCAUUGUCAAAAUGAUGCUGUGGGUGUGACUUUAUAUUUGAACUGCAGUUGAAUAGGCUUUGGUCUACAAUGUAACAAUGGUUGAACAUGACCAAAUAUUUCAAGUGUCUGAAGGUAUGCAAGAUAUUGUGUGUCCUGCAUUUUUUUUUUAGCACAUCCUCCACAACUGCCCACAUUCAACAUACCUGCCUCAAACUGUGGAAACGAUUGGAGUUGUAGUAAAAACAGAAAGUAUACAGAUACAAACUGAAACUUACCUUGUUUUCAAAUUCAUUUAGAUCUAUAAACGUAUGGACACUGGCAAAGGUUUUUAUUUUAGGCUGCGUCACACAGUAUAUCUGUUUUGCUCCUUCCAACAAAUUGGCAGCAUUAAUUCAACCAAAACCUUUUGACAUUUGAAUAGAACAAAAACUUUUUAAAUUAAAAUAAGCCAUGACAUUUCUAUGAUUAAAACUAACAUUAUUAUUGUAAAGUAUGUUACAAUACUGUUAGAAUACUUUUAAUACCCCUGAGACAAUCCUGGCUAUGACCCCUAUGUUAAAUCCAAACUAACCUGUGUUCCUUUUUUUUUUUACUGGCCAAAAUUAGUCACAUGAAGUAUGCAUUUAUGAAUAAAUUUCCAAAGGCAAGUGCUGAAAUGUUUCAUGUGGCACGUUUUUAACAAGCAAAGUGAUGAAGUGGGAUCUUCUUUUGGGACCUUCCACCGGCCUGAUUUGUCCAUCUGUGCUUGUGAAAACUGUUGGAACGUUUCAGCACCAAACUUUGCACGUGUAUACUUUGGAGGUCACGAGUCAAGGUUGCGAGGCACAUUUCUAGCUCAGAUUAUAUUGUCUGUCUGCUUGUCGCUUGCAGCAAAAGUGCCCCCCCAAAAAAUAUAUAUCUAUUAUUUAUUAGAUCUGUUGCAUCAACUGCAACAUGCAAGCACAAUAUCAAAGGGACUCCAGUGAAGGUUUCUGUCAAAGCUUCCGAGAAGGCCAGCAAACUGUUACUGAGCAAUAACUAAUAUUUCUGCAUAUUUACCUGCUUAGUUAAAAAAAAAAAAAAAAAAAAAAAAACUGUAAAUACUGUACGUGCACUGGCUUCCUUUACCGAAUGCUAUGUACUAUAAUCUGCUUUGUGUUACAAAUGUAUUUUCACAAUAAAAUGAAACUUUCUU